AUGUCCUCCCACGAAGACGACGGCCCUUCCCCCCUUACGAGAAUCGCUCAAUUGGAGUCUCUCGUAGAGCAAUUACGAAUGGCCCCUCGCCAGCGCAAAUGCGUCCUUCCGGAUCCCGAUAAGUUCAACGGUACGGUUCAGCGGUGGGAUACUUGGCUCCCCUUAAUCAAGGCCAAGCUUCUCGUCGACGGUGAGGCUCUUAGCGGACCCACUGCGCAGUUCUACUACGUUUACUUCAAUAUGGAACCCGCUCAAGACUCCGGCAAUUGGGAUUACAAUACUCUUCUGGAUCAGCUCGCUCUCGCUUACGACAAUCCAAACAAAAUUCAAAAAGCUGAGGAUAAGCUGCUUGCUUGCAAGCAAGGUACGGACGCUCUCCAUAUCUACGUCUCACGCUUCGAACGACUUUUGCACGCUGCUCGCUGUCAGACUUGGCCCGACGCUAAUAAGAUUAUUGCGUUCCGCAAUGGUCUGAACUCAACUAUUCGGACCCGUUUGAAUGGCCAAUUGACUCUCCCAACUACGUAUACCGAAUACGUACACGUCACCCAGCAGCUCGGACGCUCUUUCGGCCCUUCCGGCCCGUCCCACGGAUUUUCUCGUUCUUCGGCUCCUUCGGCCCCUCUUCAAAACCGCCCUCGCACGUCAACGGGCCCUCCUCCCGGCGACCCAAUAGACCUUUCAGCAGUCGACCGCGCUCAACAACUCGAGCAAUUGCAGCACGCCAACGAGCUCGGCGCUAUAGAGCUUAUCGACGCUCACGAGGCUGACCAAACUCAGCUGUUGGAAGACCGAUACCCCACUCUCCAGCAUGCUCCUCACAGCACUCUUGAUCAGCGCGAAGCUUGGCGCAAAUCAAAUCGCUGUACCCGUUGCGGUGCAAUCGACCACUGGAUAGCUGGCUGUACCUUUCUUCCAGCUAAGCCCUUGACAAAAAAGCGAGUUCUUUGGGACCCUUUUUCGGACCGACCUGUCAGGGAAAAUGAGGGUUUAAGCGAGUUUGACUCGGACGAAAGGGAGGAAAUUUUGGCGGAAUGGAACGCUUCUGGAGGCUACGACGCUGACCCUGACGAUUAUCGCGAUCUGUAG